UGUGACGGGUUGGGUGACCAAAAUGGACAAUACCCGACCCGACCCCACCUCUAGUUGGGGAAAUGGCAAAUCCAAGUAAAAUGCCUGAUUAAUGUUAACAGCUAAAGUUCCAUGGUUUGCAGGUUGGAUGCAGAAGGAUCUACUCCUUCGAAAUCCUCUGUCUCGAAGGAAAACAGAUUGCAAGCACCAGUUGUAUUACAAGGAUUCGAUCUUUAGAGGCCAAUCAACUAACGGGAAAACGGUUACUUCAGCUCUCCUCCUUUCAACAAUGAAGUCGAAGUUAUGCAAGGCUUCGGAGCUUACUAAUCUUGAAAUGGAGUAUAUGUGGCUUGUAGAAAAGAAUGACCACUGUGUUCCCAUACUAAAGACGAUAGACAUUGGAGAAGAAUCAUUUGCAGUAAUGAAGAAUUUUGUAUGUAGUCUUUCAGAUCUGGUAAAAUUAAAAACUUCCCUCAUGUUUAAAGGUGCUCGAGUGGAAUUGUUAAAGUUUUUGGCACAUGACUUGCAGUUGUGGGAAGAAAACAAUCUCCCAACAGCCCACUUACUUAGCAUAAUGUGAAGAAUCUAAAAACUCGAGAUGAAAUAGAAUCAUAUUUUAGAUAAUUUUUCCCCAAAAUGGUUGUGAAGUUAUAUCAUGGCGUGGUCGACAACUAUGGCAUUGAAGGGGAUUUUGCUGAGUUCUUCAUGUAGUGGAGCAGGCCUUGUUGCAGAAGCAUCUAAAAACUCGAGAUGAAAUAGAAGAUCAUAUUUUAGAUCCAUUUUUUCCCAAAUGGUUUUGAAGUUAUAUCAUGGCGUGGUCGACAACUAUGGCAUUGACGGGAAUUUUGCUGAGUUCUUCAUGUAGUGGAGCGGGCCUUAUUGCAGAAGCAUCUAAAAACUUGAGAUGAAAUAGAAGUUCAUAUUUUAGAUCCAUUUUUCCCAAAAUGGUUGUGAAGUUAUAUCAUGGCGUGGUCGACAACUAUGGCGUUGAAGGGAAUUUUGUUGAGUUCUUCAUUUAUUGGAGCGGGUUUUAUUCCAUUCAAUAAAUGCUACACUCCCAUUCUUGUAUUUGCUGACGUGGAAUUUAAAUUAAUUAAUGGAUUUUGAUCUAAUGAUGGUUUUGAAAAGCACGUCAAAGAGUGUGGGAGUGGGGAAUGUGUAGUAUGUUUCUAUUCCUAAAGAUGUGUCAAUAGACUCCAAAUUUUCUGCUUUU